AUGUUAGUUGACAAAGACAACGUAAUAGACAAAGAUUUCCAAAUGAUGCUAAAACCUUUGAAUAUUUUGGAAUUAAUCUACUUUCAACCAAAAUUCCGUAUUACAGAAACAUUGAUCAGUCCAAACAGUAUGCGAGAGAAUUCGAUUUGGUCAUUAGGUGUUUUUCUAAUGAUCUUUGCAAGUGUGGGAUAUGUAUUUAUGAAUAGUUUCAUCCCGGGCGAUGGUCAAAUAACUGAUAUUGUAAAUAUAUUUUUCUUUGCCGAUGCAGUGUUCUACACUGUCUAUAGUCUAUUGAUGUUCGCCACUAAUAUAAUAUUUAAAGGCAAAAAUGUGCAACUGAUUAUUAAAAUGCAGAAAGCUUACAGAGUACUCGGUAAUGAAAAUGGGUUGAAAAUUUUUCAAAUGAGUAACUUGAUCUUUGUUGCUGGUGUUUUUCUAGUAUAUUUCUCAUACAAUUUAUGCUAUACAAUCUUGGACAUAUAUCGAGUAUCACAUUUAAUGUAUCAUGUGGCUUUGUUUUAUUUCGACGUAAAUGUUAUUGUCGUUAUACGGGUUGUCAAAUUUUUGGAAUAUGAGUUACUACUUUGGAAAGAAAAAUUGAAUGAUUUUCUGAAAACUUGUUCUACGACAAAUCACAAACAACUUGUUAAAUACUUUAAAGAUGUCAGUUAUGAAGAAAAACAACUUUUGAGCGCUUAUUCAAAUAUCAUUGGAGCUUUUAAACUGUGCCACAAUGUUUUCGGAAUGUCUGUAAGUAACUAA